AAUUUCACGACGCAGCCAUUUGAAACAACGCCAGUUUCGUAAGGAGGAGCUAGCUAACGUUAGUUAUUAGCCAGCCUUUCGUUGACGAAGCUACCUAACUUACAUAUUCGCAUUUAUUGGAGACCCUCCGACAAUAAACCAUCAAGAUGUUCAACAGAAUGACAAGCCUUUGGAUGGGUGAUCUGGACCCAUACAUGGAUGAGAAUUUCAUCAAACAGGCCUUCAGCACUAUGGGCGAGACGGCGUAUGGUGUUAAGAUCAUUACCCACAGAGUAACGGGAGGAUCGGCAGGCUAUUGCUUUGUGGAAAUGGCAGACGAAGCCAGCGUUGACCGAUGCGUUCACAGACUGAAUGGGAAGCUUGUUCCUGGAUCAAACCCGCCCAGAAAGUUUAAGUUAAACUAUGCAACUUACGGGAAACGGCCAGAAGCUGGCCUGGAAUUUUCAGUCUUUGUCGGAGAUCUGUCUUCAGAGGUGGAUGACUACCAGCUCCAUCAGUUCUUCCUGAAGAAGUACCCUUCCUGCAAAGGAGGGAAAGUGGUCUCUGAUCAGUAUGGGAACUCCAGAGGUUAUGGUUUCAUCAAGUUUGAGGACGAGAACGAACAGAAGAAAGCCAUCGAUGAGUGUCAGAACGCCACAGGCCUGGGGACGAAACCAAUCAGGAUCAGCAUAGCUGUGAACAAGAGCCAUAAAAUGAACAGCUAUAACAACCAGAACCACAACUCCUACCACAACAAUUACCAACAGCCGUACUAUCAACAACCCAACCAGAACUACUACCCUCAUUGGGGCUAUGACCAGUACAACAGCUAUAACUAUGGUGGCUAUGGUCACUAUGGAGGGUACCCUGCUCCAGGCCCCCAUGGGAUGAUGGGACCCCCACCUCCCAUUGGCAUGCCCCCCAUGCCCACAGACAUGCAGACUUCCUCCGAGCAAACACAGGAGUCCACAGAUGAGCCUGAAGAAGAGGCAGCAGAAGACCCCAACCCUCAGCUGGAUGUGGAUGCACUGAACACAGAAUACAUGGAGAGGAGCGAGGAGCUCUACGAUUCUCUCAUGGACUGUCACUGGCAGCCACUGGAUACCAUCACGUCAGAAAUCCCGCCUUUUUCUACUUCCUGAUCUGUUUCAACUUGUCCUCUACCCUUUUAUAUUUCAUACUAAACUCAAAGUCGUGCAGAAAAUGUCUUUUUUUAUCACCAGUAGACACACAGCAUGUUUCACUACUGCCUUUGCCAUUUGUAUAUAUUGUUCACAUCCUUCCCAUUUUUUAUUUUUAUUUUAUGGAAGUAAUGUUAUUUUCCGGUCUGCACUAAACUUUCCUUCUAAAUUAUAGCUAAGUCUUUCUGGCAGUGCGUUUGUUUGAUUCAGACACUGCAUUUUUUUUAUUUGAUUAAAUGAAGUAAUCAAUGGUUGUCAUCUCCCAGACAUGAUUUGUUUGUAUUUAUUUUCAGGAAGAAAGAACAUUUAGUUUUAACUCGUUUUAUUUUUUGCAGAUUAAACUUCAAUUUAAGCUUGUAAUUCAA